CGGGUCAGCAGCUGUUGCCGUACUGUAUUCUUCUCUCAGUUGUUGGUCCGACGUUGCUGCCCGCAGACCACGGUCACCCAGUCAGACAGUCGGCCAUGUUGAUGCGUGUUGUAGCGGUAGUGUGCUUGGUGUCCUGCUGUUAUGGAGAGUUCACAGUACCUGAAGCGAAGCUGGAGUUUAUAAACCCUAAGGGCCUAAGGAUAUCAAUUCCAGAUACAGACCCAGACGUAACACUUGUGGCAUUCCACGUCAAUGUCAACGAAGAGUUCCAAGGAGUAGAGGCCGGCCAAUGGGCAGCAGAUGUUCUCAAACGAAGGGGUGGUCGUUGGACCUACAACUUUCCCCAAGUUAAGGUCAAGAAAGGAGAUACGAUUCACUACUGGGUGUAUGCCAUCAGGAAUGGUCUUGGCUACCAGAACUUGGAUCGCAGCUACCAGGUUACCGAAGAUAAUCCUCAUGGUUCACCAGGGCCCACCACUACCCAGAAACCAAUGCCACAACCUCCCCCUUAUCCAGGACCCACGGAACCACCUAGCCCCCUCCCCGUGGACUGGCGAAACUGUAAACUUUCCCAAACAUCGAUCCGUGACAAGGCUCCGCCCUGUGCUGGCAGGGGAGUAUUCAACGCUACUUUCCGCACCAUCGCAGAUCUUUCUCAAUGGCAACACGAAAUCCACGUUGGCGGAACGCAUCUGGAAGAUGAAUUCACUGUCUUUACCAAAGACAGUGAGGUGAUCAGUGUUUUAAACGGCCAACUCCACAUUUCUCCAAUUCUCUUGGAACAGAAAUACUCGAGAAACUUUGUCACCAGUGGAACACUUAACUUGGAAGAAUGCACAGCUAUAAAUUUGGACUUCUGCAGUGCCAGGGCAGUAUCUUACUUGAUUCUACCCCCAGUCAUUUCUGCCAGACUCACCACCAAAAAGACAUUCAGCUUCCUUUAUGGAACUGUAGAGAUUAAGGCUAAGCUACCCAAAGGAGACUGGAUAGUUCCAGAAAUUUGGCUGCAGCCCAAAGACGGAGCUUAUGGAAUUCACUCUGGCCGGAUUGUUCUGGGUCUCUCCCGUGGAAAUAAUCAACUGACAGUGGAAGGAAGACAUUUCGGAAAUAAACUGUUGGAGGCAGGAAUUCUGCUCAACUCUUCACAUGGAACUACUUUCCAGCGUUCUCAACAGAACAGUUGGGCAGACGACUUUCACAUUUUUAAACUUCAUUGGACCCCUCAUGCUCUAGAGUUUUCUGUGGAUGAUCAACAGAUUGGACGUAUUGCACCAGAAACAGAUCUGGACCCAACCUUAGGAGGAGAGAAAUUGGCACCCUUUGAUAGAGAGUUUUAUAUCUCUCUCGGAGUCCAUGUGGGAGGAAUGAGGGAUUUUCCUGACACAGCCAUCAGUGGAGAUAACCAGAAACCUUGGAAGAAUACUAGUCCAAAGGCUAGGCUCAGAUUCUGGGAAACAAAAGGACAAUGGUUUCCUUCUUGGACAACAGACUCUGUUCUUCUAGUGGAAUACGUAAAAGUUACUGCUUUAUGAUUUCUUACUGCAACAUUUCCUAUAUUGCAAUGUAUGAGUUUGUCUUACCAUGUUGCUACUUGUUAUUGAAGGAAAAUGUUAAAUAACAGAAAAUAAAGUACAGGGUUUAAGAAUGGAAUAAAACAAGUUACUUGAAAAA